AUGGAGAAGAUCCCCGCUUUCUCCACUACUCCAAUUGAGUCUAUCCCAAGCAUCGUCAAUGAGGUCCGCACCACCUUUCGGGCGCACCGCACACGACCAGUCGAAUACCGAUUGAAGCAGCUGCGGAAGCUGUACUGGGGACUUAGAGACAAUGAGGACCUCAUCCUCGAUGCCUGCAAGAAGGAUCUCGGGAAGUCCCAGUUCGAGACCUACAUCACCGAGGUUGGAUGGUGCGAGAACGACAUCGUGUUCAUGUGCAACAACCUCGAGAAAUGGGUAAAAGACGAGUCCGCGCCCGACAUUCCGCUCGCCAACAAGCUGUUCAGCCCCCGGAUACGCAAGGAUCCUCUGGGCACUGUGCUAGUCAUCGGCGCCUACAACUUCCCCAUCCAGCUCUCCCUCGGCCCCCUCAUCGGCGCCAUCGCCGCCGGCUGCACCGCAAUCCUCAAGCCCUCUGAAAACGCGCCUCACGCCUCCGCCGCCCUAGCCCACAUCAUCAGCACCUCCCUCGACCCCUCCGCCUACGCCUGCGUCCAAGGCGGCAUCCCCGAGACAACCCUCCUGCUCGAGCAGAAAUGGGACAAGAUCUUCUACACGGGCAACGCAACCGUCGGGACCAUCAUCGCGAAGAAGGCGGCCGAGACGCUGACACCCGUGACGUUGGAGCUUGGCGGCAAGAAUCCGGCGAUUGUAAUGAGGGGCGCGGAUCCGAGGUUGGCGGCGAAGAGGCUGCUGUGGGCGAAGAUCCUGAAUGCGGGGCAGGUUUGUGUCAGUCAGAAUUAUAUACUCGUGGAUAGGGAGAUCUUGCCGCAGCUGGUGAGGGAGAUGGAGCAGGUGCUCAGGGAGUUUUAUCCCAGGGGCGCAAGGGAGAGUCCGGAUUAUGGGAGGAUUGUGAAUAAGCGCCAGUUUCAGCGGUUGAAGAAGAUGCUGGAUGAGUCGCAAGGGAAGAUUCUGUUAGGGGGGACCAUGGAUGAGGAGACGCUGUUUCUCGAGCCGACGGUUGUGCAGGUCGAGAGUUUGGAGGACUCGCUGGUAAAGGAGGAGAGUUUUGGUCCGCUGAUUCCCGUGCUGCCGGUCAAGGACCUCGAUGAGGCGAUCAGGAUGGCAAAUGAGAUCGAUGAUACUCCACUCGGCAUCUACCCGUUCGGCAGUAAGGCGGAAACGGACAAAGUACUCUCUCAAACCCGCUCCGGCGGCGCCUCAAUAAACGACGGCUUCUUCCACGCCUCCCUCCCCACCCUCGCCUUCGGCGGCGUCGGCAACUCCGGCCAAGGCGCCUACCGCGGCAAAGCUUCCUUCGACACCUUCACCCACCGCCGCUCCGUCACGACCACGCCAUCCUGGAUUGAGAGCAUGCUGGCGGUGCGCUAUCCGCCGUACACGGCGAAGAAACAGGAGAAGUUCGCGAGCAUGAGUGCGUUGAAGCCGAACUUUGACCGUGAGGGGAAUGUGAAGUUCAGUCUGUUGGGUGGGCUUCUGAAGUUGGGGGCGGGGAGUGGGAUUGGGGCAGUGGGGAGGUGGUGUUUGGUUAUGCUGCUUGCUGCUGCGGUAAGGCAAUAUCUGCAACGCCAGUCAAGGCUGUAA